AUGGGUUCUUUUGAGAUGCUAGCAAGAAGGGCUGUGCUAACUGAUACCCCUGUUAUGGUUAAGAUACAAGAACUGAUCCGAGGUGUGAAAGAUUGUGUCUCUCUGGCUCAGGGUGUUGUGUACUGGCAGCCACCGAAACAGGCACUAGAAAAAGUGCAAGAACUUGUUUGGGAGCCUUCGGUUAGUCGAUAUGGUGCUGAUGAAGGCCUGCCUGAGCUGAGGGAGGCUCUAAUGAAAAAGUUGCGUGACGAAAACAACUUGCAUAAUUCCUCAGUAAUGGUGACUGCUGGAGCCAAUCAGGCAUUUGUGAAUAUUGUUCUUACAUUAUGCGAUGCUGGGGACUCUGUAGUGAUGUUUGCCCCAUACUACUUCAAUUCAUACAUGUCAUUCCAGAUGACUGGAGUCACCGACAUUCGUGUGGGUCCCGGGGACCCAACUACACUUCAUCCAGAUGCAGAUUGGUUGGAAAAGACAUUACUAGAAACAGAGCCGACUCCAAAGCUUGUAACUGUUGUAAAUCCUGGCAAUCCAUCAGGAACUUUCAUACCCGAAUCUCUUCUUCAGCGGAUAUCAGAUAUUUGCAAAAAUGCUGGAUGUUGGCUUAUUGUAGAUAAUACAUACGAGUAUUUCAUGUAUGACGGGCGAAAGCACGUGUGCCUAGAGGACAAUCACAUAGUUAACAUAUUUUCGUUUUCGAAAGCUUAUGGGAUGAUGGGAUGGCGAGUUGGAUAUAUUGCAUUCCCCACAAAAGUGGAAGGAUUAGCAGCCCAACUCCUGAAGGUCCAAGACAACAUUCCCAUCUGUGCCUCAAUCAUUUCCCAACGGCUGGCACUCCAUUCAUUGGAAUUGGGGCCCGAGUGGGUAAGAGGCCAAGUGAAAGAGCUCGUUAAAAACCGGGAGCUCCUUUUAGAUGCAUUGUCCCCAUUGGGUGAAAAUGCAGUGAAAGGAGGAGAAGGUGCCAUCUACUUGUGGGCCCGACUCCCCGAAAAAUAUGAAGACGACUUUGAAGUUGUGCGCUGGCUCGCCAAAAAGCAUGGGGUUGUGUUAAUCCCGGGUUGCUCGAGUGGGUGCAAGGGCUUUGUUAGGAUCUCAUUCGGGGGAUUGGUGGAGGAGCAGUGCCGUGUCGCCUCACAGAGGCUCAAGAAGGGAUUGCAACAGUUGGUCACUCAAGGCAUGCUGCCAUGA